AUGCCAGCCGCCCCCAUACCUUACCAAGCUAAAAACGAGCCCGUUGAACUGUACGAAGACUACAAUGGUGCUCACUUCAAAAUUGUGAGAUGGAAGCCGGACCUGCUGGUUCCUUACCUCGGCAAAGUUUUCUACGUGCACGGGUUCGGUGAGGAUCUGAUCGUUUACACCAGAUUCUUUGACAACUUGGCUCUGAAUGGGGUCGAAGUGUUCUUCUUCGGCCAACGUGGUGCUCAAGAGACGUCGCCGAAAGCCAUUGGUAAGACUGACGAGUUCCAUGUGUUUGACGACGUCGACCACUUCCUCAAGGGUGAGUUGGACGCUAGAACUGACCCGAACGAAAAGUUUAUCAUGAUGGGGCACUCCAUGGGUGGUGGCAUUGUUCUCAACUAUGGUAUUCAUGGCAAGUACAGGGAUCAACUCAGAGGGAUCGUUGCCUGUGGGCCCUUGGUUGAAUUGCACCCGAAGUCGCAAGUGAAUAUUGUGGUACGUAAGUUGCAGCCUUUGAUCAACAAGAUCGCUCCCUGGCUUACCAUCGACUCUGGAUUGAACUUUGACCACAUUACUCUGGAUGACUCGUGGCGGAAGUGGCUCAAGGAUUCAGACCCUGUGCUCGUGGGCACCAUUAGGCAAUACAACGAUAUGUUCGUUCGAGGGCUGGCAUUACUUGAUCCGGCCUACGUCGCCAAGUGGGACAAAAACAUUCCUGUGUUGGUUGUCCAUGGUACCGAUGAUUUCAUUAACGAUAUUGAGGCGUCGAAGAAGUUUGACUCCUUAUUACCUGCGCAAGUACAACAUGAGCAUUACCCUGCUGCUAAAGGCCGUCAUUCUUUAUUCAUUGAAAAGCAAGAGAUUUACGAUGCAGUGUUUGACAAGGUGAUCAAAUUCAUUGAGAACACAAAGAACAAUUAG